UUAAUUUCUAGAAAAUCAAGUUUUAACUUUUUGUUUUCCGUAUAACGCCAUAUAAAAAAAUCGAGUACAACUUGGUCGAGGAAUAGUUGAAAUAAAUAAAAAUGAUAUCCGACAGUAAUUAAGAUCACUAUCAUAAUCGAAUUGAAAAGAGUGCAAUAUCGAACUUACAUAGUGACGGUGAGUAAGUAAUAUAAGAAAGGAAGUUAGCGUGUCACUCGGCUCCUAGCACCAAUUUCUUCAGUCAAACAUUCCAUUAGAUAUAUCUUGUCAACGUCCAUGUGCAGUUGAAUGUAAAAAACUUUACGUUUUAUUAAUGAUUUAAUGAUUUUUUUUUAAUAUCAAUAAUUUGAAUAUUUUUUUCAAUUAAUUAUUGUUUCGAUUUUCAUACAUUUUCAACAAAAUGGGAAAUACAGAAAGUAAUGUAGCCAGUGGAGUCAAAAAACAAGUUGACAGCUCUCCUUGUUUAAUAUACAACCUUGUGGAUUUGAAAGGAGGUGGUUUGUUAGUGGAUUUGAUUAAACGAGCAGUGCAGACUAAAGAAUUUGCGGAGUUAGAUUAUGCAAUUAAAACUAAGGUCGAACCGUUACUUUACAACAAAGGAGAAGGAAAAAUGAUUCCUAUAGCCAAAUUAGUACUACUCAGAAAUCGUGAUAGAUCAAGAGCAAAACUGCUACCACACCUAAAGAAUAUGGAAGACCCAAAUGAUUACGACAUCGAUAAGGACAUACCGACAAUUGAGGAACUGGAAAAAUUCGGUAAUUAUUAUGGAACCAAAUUAAAAUCAUUAGAAGUUCAAUUUGUUUUUUUUAAUUCGAAUAUAGGUGAAGUACAAUAUCGAGAAGUAUGCUGGGAUCUGAAAGAAAGAGGCGCAGUAGGGGAGACCGUAAUGCACUUAUGUUUAUUAAACGCUACUUCCAUACACGCAGACUUGGCCAAAAGACUUUUGAAAUUUUAUCCAAAGCUAGUCAACGAUAUUUAUAUGGUUGAUGAAUACUAUGGAGAAAGUGUACUACACAUAGCUAUUGUUAACGAAGAUCCUGCCAUGGUCAAAGUACUGAUGGAUAGCGGAGCUAAUUUGAAUGAAAGAUGUUUUGGAAAUUUUAUGUGUCCUGAAGAUCAAAAAGCUUCUAGGUCAGAUUCACUAAACCAUGAAUGGGUUAACGUUUGUCCGGACACCAACUAUGAAGGGUAUGUUUACUGGGGCGAAUAUCCAUUGUCGUUUGCCGCUUGUUUGGGACAAGAGGAAAGUUACCGUUUGAUGUUGGCAAGAGGUGCAGAUCCGAACAAUCAAGAUACAAACGGCAAUACAGUCUUACACAUGCUCGUAAUUUAUGAAAAAAUUUCAACAUUUGACAUGGCCUACGAGAUUGGGGCGGAUCUGAACAUCAGAAAUUAUCAGAAUUUGACGCCCCUUACAUUGGCAGCAAAGUUGGCACGUAUCCAAAUAUUCUUCCACAUACUUAACAUCGAAAGGGAAAUCUACUGGCAAAUCGGAAGCAUCACUUGUGCCGCAUACCCUUUGACACAAAUCGACACCAUUGACAACGACACGGGUCAAAUCAGCAGAAAUUCCGCAUUAAAUCUAGUUGUGUUUGGGGAAAGUCCGGAACACCUGGAAAUGAUAGAUGGUGCGUUAGUAGAUUUAUUGAAUGCAAAAUGGAAUACAUUCGUUAAAUUUCGGUUUUACAGACAGUUUUUCCUAUUCGCUUUUUAUUUCACAAUUUCAAUGCUGUGCUUUGUGUUAAGACCGGGACCUCCACCAAGUGGUCUUAAGCCACCAGUAAGCAAUUACACUUCAACCACAACAAUGGCAACUACUCCUAUGGAAUUCUUGGACAACGAAUCGUUACCCGAAAAUAUUGCUUAUGAUGAAAUGAUUGAAAUUACUGAAUUAGAAAUUCCGGAAACAACCAUGGCAGUCUUAAUAACAGAUAAUCCUACAUUAUUUAAUUAUUUAAACGACACUAGUGAUAUAUCCGACAAACAAAGUAAUAUGAAAAAUUUGCACGGAAAGAGUUCAAAUUCGGAUAAAAGUAAGCAUAAAAAUUGGGAUACAAAUGAUAAAAAUUCAUCAAUGAAUAAUAACAAAAAAGUCAGAAAGUUUUGGUGGAGUAAAAAACGAAAAUUUUGUCGAUUAUUAAUAGUUAACACUACCGAAGAUUUAAUAAGAAUAGGUUCAGAAGUAACAAUGUUGAUCGGAGCUUUUCUUUACUUGUUGGCAGCUAUAAGAGAAGCAAGAUUUUUGGGACUUCAAAUGUUUUUUGAAAAUCUGGCAAUAGCGCCGGCAAGAGUAAUGUUCUUAUUCUCUUGUACUCUUAUGAUGACUGUGCCACCACUUAGAUAUUAUUGUUAUGAUAAAGCAGAAGACAUUACAGCUGUAAUUAUCAUGCUAACCACAUGUCCAUAUUUCUUAUUUUUCUGCAGAGGUUUCAAGACAGUUGGUCCUUUUGUGGUCAUGAUUUAUAGAAUGAUUAUGGGAGAUCUAUUGAGAUUCGUUUCCAUAUACAUGGUGUUUGUAAUGGGCUUCUCUCAAGCUUAUUAUGUAAUUUUUUUAUCCUUUGAUAAUCCUUUGACUCCUGGUAAUGUUGACGACAUUGUUGAAAAUCCUAUGCCAUCACCGAUUGAAUCAAUUAUGGCCAUGUUUCUCAUGUCAGUAAAUGCUUUUGCUGAAUACUAUGAAGCCUUUGACAAGACGAGUCACACUUUGGUUGCUAAGUUUUGUUUCAUUGUAUUCAUGGUGAUUGUAGCAAUUUUAUUAGUUAACAUGUUAAUCGCUAUGAUGGGAAAUACUUAUCAAAAAAUUGCCGAAACAAGAAAUGAAUGGCAAAGACAAUGGGCAAGAAUUGUUUUAGUAGUUGAAAGAGGCGUAAGUCCAUCUCAACGGCAUAAAAAUCUCAUGCAAUACUCCCAACCUAUGUCUGACGGUCGUCGAGCUUUGGUUUUACGUUUAAAUCAAUCAGAUGAAGACAAAGAAGAAAUGAAAGAAAUGUUAGAAAUGAAACGAAUUCACUACAGAUAUGUGGAAAGAAUGAAAGCUCGAGAUUUGAGCAGCAAAUUGUCAUCAUCGUGUUGUACAAACAAUACGAAAAAAACGAAUGGAAACGAAAUCAGCAAAUAACUUGGGACACUGAUAGCAAAAAAAAAAAAAAACACAUAUUCAUCGACUGUGAAUUCUUAUGUCCGUAGAUAAAAAGUUUUAAACUAUUAUAAUUUAUUUAAAAAUUAAAAAAAAGAGUAUUGUUAUUUUCAGCAUUAUAAUUAUUAUCACAAUUACAUUUGUUCUAUCUAAUAAGACUUAUGCAGAGCAGAAUUAAAAAAUUUAAUUAAAUUUUUUAAACAUUUAAUAUGAUCUACAAGACAAGUGUAAAUUUUGAAAUAUUUGGUGUUUCAAACACUUUUAAAAUAGUAAUUUAAACAUCACUUGUUAAAAACGUAACAACCCUGAUAUAAACAUAAUAACAGGUGAUGAUAGAUGGUUUUUUUCCUACCAGAAAAUAUUAGAUUGGACUCCAAUAAUAAGAUAAAAAGUUAAAACAUUGGGGUAGCGGCACAUUGGGGACACGCCAUAGUUGGGACAUGUGUAGAUGAUAUCUGACAGUGAUUAAAACCACUAUCAUUAGUUACAAAUCUGUUGGUAGUGUUUAAUUUUAAGAAAUUGGUAGAUUAUUUCAUUAGCAACAUUAACUCUGUUUUAUUUUAGUCUUUAAUAUCAAU